GAUAAGUAACCGCCAUCCCCUCCGUCUUUCUUCUCAAACCGGUCUCCCCACAUCAGCCAAAACAAAAACGAUUCUCCUUUCACUUUUCUCCCCAUAAAAAUACCAAUAACGCUGUUCUGUUUCCACGAUGCCGUACGUUGCCGCCAUUGACCAGGGCACGACCUCGAGCCGGUGCAUCAUCUUCGACGACCACUUUAAGGUUGCUGCGGACCACCAGCUGCCCCACGAGCAGUUCACGCCGCAGCCCGGCUGGCUGGAGCACGACGCGGAUGAGAUCUUCCGCAACUGCUGCCUGUGCGUGACGAACGCGGUGAAGAAGCUGCGCGCGAAGGACCCGAAGUUCGACAAGAUCAGCGGCAUCGGCAUCACGAACCAGCGUGAGACGAGCGUUGCCUGGGACCGCAAGACCGGCAAGGCGCUGUGCCACGCCCCUGUGUGGAGUGACGCGCGCACGCACGAGGUGUGCAACCGCAUCGCCAAGGAGGUGGGCGGCGGCAACAACAACUUCGCCGCUGAGAUCACCGGCCUGCCGGUGAGCACGUACUUCUCUGCCUUCAAGUACCGCUGGAUGCUGGAGAACGUGCCGGCUGUCGCGGAGGCGCGCAAGAACGGCACCCUCAUGUUCGGCACGAUCGAGUGCUGGCUGAUGUACAAGCUGAGCGGCGGCAAGACGUUCGUGACGGAUGUGUCGAACGCGAGCCGGACCUUCCUGAUGGAGCUGAGCACGCAGAAGUGGUCGGCGGAGCUGUGCAAGAAGCUGGACAUCCCAAUCGAGGCGCUGCCGGAGAUCCGCAGCAACAGCGAGCGCUACUGCGACAUCGCCACGCCGGAGUUCGGCGUCGUCGAGGCACUGGGCGUCACGACGCCGAUCACCGGCUGCAUUGGCGAUCAGCAGAGCGCGCUGUUCGGCCACAUGGGCUUCCACAAGGGUGACGCGAAGAACACGUACGGCACGGGCUGCUUCAUGCUGAUGAACGUGGGCCCGAAGGUGCAGUACUCGAAGCACGGGCUUCUGGCCACCAUCGGCUACAAGCUGGGCAACAAGCCCACCACCUUCGCCCUCGAGGGCUCGAUCGCCAGCUGCGGCGCGACGGUGGAGUGGAUGCGCCGAAACUUGGGCUUCUUCGGCCACCCCCGCGAGAUGGAGGCGAUCGCCCGGAAGGAGGCGAGCACGGACGGCAUCGUCUUCGUUCCCGCCUUUGGCGGCCUGCUCUGCCCCUACUGGGACCCGACGGCGCGUGGCACCAUUGUCGGCAUGACGUACAAGACGAACAAGUCGCACAUCAUCCGUGCGGCGCUGGAGGCCAUCUCGAUGCAGGCGGGCGCGGUGCUGCUGGCGAUGAACCAGGACAGCGGCGUCGAGCUGAAGCGCCUGCGCGUCGAUGGCGGUCUGACGAACAGCCGUCUGCUGCUGGAGAUGCAGGCCGAUAUCCUUGGCGUGGACCUCUACGUGCCGCGCAUGAUUGAGACGACCGCGCUCGGAGCCGCGCUCUGCGCCGGUCUCGGCUGCGGAUUGUGGAAGUCGACGGACGAGAUUACGGCCAUCGCGAAUAAAGUGUUGCAGGGCGUCACGGUGACCCCGACGAACACCGACCCGGCGGUGCGCCAGGCGCGCGUGGAUGCGUGGAACGAGGCGGUGAAGCGGUCGAAGUGGGCGAAGCUGUAACGCUGCUCUGCGUGGUGAGCAGCGGACGUCGUGUUGCCGCGGCACUGUGCUGCUGAUGCUUUUUGCCUUUUCCUCCUCGCAACGCCUCUCGUUUGCGUUUUCUCAUUCGGCUCACACGACGGUGUGAGAGAGCAAGAGAGCGAGAGCGCACGAGGGAAGGAGCAAAGGAGCACGGCGGCUUCCGCGGCGGCUGCUCACGACGUACGGGUGCGGUGGCUGAUAGAAGACAGUGCUCCUAUCGUCGCAAACAAGGGCGAGCGCCGCGAACCAAAACACAACCUUUUUUCUUCGCUUUUCUCUCUUCGCGCUAUGCGCUCUUUUUUUUUCCGGUCUCGCGAUACACGCGCGAGUAAUAAUAGUAGUAGGACGAAGAGCGACGCCGUCGUCAGCGCCUACUUGUUUCCUCGACAUCGGUGGCGUCGCUUCAAGCGGACCCAGUGCGAUGUGACCAGCUGGUGGAUUGGUGUGGGCUCGUGUCGCUGGUCGCCUUUCGUUUCUUUUUUCUUCGCUGGAGUUCACGCAUGCGUUGGUGGGUGUUUUCUUAUUCUUUCCAACGCAACAGCACGCCACCGGCGACACGACAGACUGACUCGGAGGCGCACAGGGGAUGGCGCCAUCGCGGCGUCGCAACGCAAAACCUCUGCGAAAAGAAGAGUGCAACGCCGAAGGAGCACAAAACAUUUUUUAAAUAUCCUCUCUUUCUUUUCGUUUCUUUUUUUCAUGGAGCCGAACACUGCGUUUGUGUGCGCUUGAAUAAAAUACUGAAAACCACCGAGAAGAACUCCAAAGCGAGUUGCGGCGCCCUGCACCGCCUCGCGCUUUGCUGCACUUCUUAGAUGCUUCUUUUUUCUUUUUUCUCUUCUGUGAGUGCUGUUGGUGCGUGUGCGUGAGUGAGUGAGCAAAGACGUGAAGUGCGACUCGUCCUCGUGUCGUGUCUUGCAGUUCCGUCUUGCUCGCGCAGCCCACCGUCGUUGGUCAAAAAUCUGAUUUUAACUUUCUUUUUUUCUCACACUGAAAACGUUCUUUUUCAUUUUUCUGAUCUUUGUUAUCGCUCUCUUGUUUCCUUAACGUGCGAUGCUAAACGCAGCUAACACAAU